AUGGCGUCUGAAGAGCCCACCACCGUCGCCGUUGAGCAGCCCAUCGUGGAGGAGCCGGCCGCCGUCGACACUCUCCCACCCGUUGUCAAUGAGUCCGAAGAGCCCGCUGCUAAGCCCAAGAAGGCUCCCAAAGAGCCCAAGGCCAAGAAAGCUCCUGCCAAACCCAAAACUCACCCCACCUAUGAAGAGAUGGUGAAGGAAGCGAUUGUUGCUUUGAAAGAGAAGACCGGUUCGAGCCAGCACGCGAUUGCGAAGUUCAUUGAAGAGAAGUACAAGAACCUUCCCUCGAACUUCAAGAAGAUUUUGCUGGUUCAGCUUAGGAAGCUUGUUGCUUCUGAUAAGCUUGUUAAGGUGAAAGCUUCCUACAAGAUACCGGCGAAGUCCUCUGCUCCAAAGCCCGCCAAGAAGUCUGCUGCUUCCAAGCCCAAAGCCAAGCCCAAGGCUAAACCAGCUGCCAAGUCAAAGUCCAAGCCUGCUGCAAAAGCCAAGCCUGCUGCAAAGGCCAAGCCAGCUGCAAAAGCCAAGCCUGCUGCGAAAACCAAGCCAGCUGCUAAGGCAAAGCCUGCUGCCAAAACGAAACCUGCUGCCAAGCCUGUAGCCAAGCCAGCUGCAAAGGCUAAACCAGCUGCCAAGACCAAGCCAGCUGCAAAGGCUAAACCAGCUGCUAAGGCCAAGCCGGCUGCUAAGGCUAAGCCAGCUGCAAAGGCUGCAAGGACCUCGUCGAGGACUACACCAGGGAAAGCUGCUGCACCUAAACCAGCGGCGAAGAAGGCUGCACCUGUGAAGAAGACUCCGGUGAAAGCGGCGGCGAAGGCGAAGACUCCUGUGAAGAAGGCAGCGGCUAAGAAAGGCAAGAAGUGA